UCCAAUGGCAAACGAACGAUGGAAGAACGAUAUCGCAUACGCGAUGACCCCCUUCAAAUUAUUAACGUGGCCCAUCGGUGUCUGGCCGCUUCAAGUUUAUAACGUCUAUUCGCUUAUACGAUGCGUCUUAGCCACUUGUUGCAUGAGCAUAAUAGUGAUCUUACCCACCAUGGAAAUUCAAAUGGGCUGCACCGAUGCUGAGCAGAAUAUUGAUAGCAUUAUGUUGAUCUUUUGCGGUGUACUAGGAGUGCUGAAGACAAUAUGUUUUCGCAUUUAUGCGGAAAAUUUAACUAAUAAUUACGGCUCAGCCCGAAAUGAUUAUUUGACAAUUAAAAACACAGAGCAUCGUGUCAUCAUGCGAAGACACGCCUUUAUCGGAAGGGUUCUUUCCUGUUUCAUGGUGUGCUUCUCUUACUUUAGCGUCACGCUAUAUUCGUUAAUUCCUCUUUUGGGUGAUGAAGAAGAUAAACAGAUCAACAUAACAGAGGACGUUGUGCUUGAAUAUCCAAUGCCAUCAAGAUGCGCGUUGGAAUAUUUCAGUGUCCCGGAAAGCUUAUACAGAAUUAUCUGUCUCUUCGAAUUUAUUGUGCUAGUACUUACGUGUACUUGUAAUCACGGUAACGAUUCUCUGUUUCUCAACAUUACAUUACACGUUUGUGGUCAAGUGAAAAUUUUGAAAGCUAGUUUCAUCGACUUUGAUGUGUCAAGUUCCCAAGUCUAUGAUCGUUUUAACGCUUUAAUUCAAAGAAAUAGCUAUCUGAUAGAAAUGGCUAAAGAACUAGCCGAUGCGAUCAGUUUGGUUUUAGUGAUACAGUUAUUUCUUAGCAGCAUCCUUUUAUGUAUAAUGGGGUUUCAAUUUAUCUUAGCAUUAAAAAUGAAUGAUGUCGUCAUGAUGGGGAAAAGCUUCAUGGUAUUGUGUACUUUCUUGACGCAACUUACGGUAUAUAGUUUCGUCGGAGAUUAUCUGAAAUCUCAAAUGGAAGAAGUUGGACUUUUUAUUUAUCAAAGCGUUUGGUAUGAUCUUCCCGGAAAAUUGUCGAAAAAUUUGAUCUUUAUCAUUAUGCGAGCACAAUCUCCAGUCAAGUUGCAAGCUGGAAAUUUUAUCGUGGUAAACCUAGCAACUUAUAUGAGCAUCUUAAAAACCUCCAUUUCCUAUUUAUCCGUACUCCGCGUAAUGGUAGAAACUUGAGAUAUAAAAUAAUGCGUUUCAUGAAAAGAAAUUUUACGAAAAUUACAAAUUGACGUUUUGGAAAGUACGUUCAAAAAUAUAGGAAUCUAUAGUAGCAAAAAUUUACCUCCAAUUUGAUUUUAAUAAAAUAGUUAAUCAUAAUCACUAUCCAUUUGU